AGCAAAGCAAACCUACACGCUGACCCCAACCCUCGCCGCACCGCCGCCUCCCCUUUCCUCCCCUUCUUCCCUCCGGCUCUAGCUCGCUGCCGCCACUUCUCCUUCCUCGCGAGCUACGGGAGGCCUUUCUUUUCUCCAGGCAACGGAGCUCGAGGAGGGGGAAGAUGAGCCGCAGCCUGGGGAUCCCGGUGAAGCUGCUGCACGAGGCGGCGGGGCACGUGGUGACGGUCGAGCUCAAGACCGGCGAGGUGUACCGCGGCUCCAUGGUCGAGUGCGAGGACAACUGGAACUGCCAGCUCGAAAACAUCACCUUCACGGCUAAGGACGGCAAAGUUUCGCAGCUGGAGCACGUCUUCAUCAGGGGUAGCAGAGUUAGGUUCAUGAUCAUACCCGACAUGCUCAAGAACGCUCCCAUGUUCAAGCGCCUCGAGGCCAGGAUUAGGGGUAAAGGCUCAGCUAUUGGGGUCGGCCGUGGACGUGCUGUCGCGAUGCGUGCUCGGACUGCUGCUGGUCGUGGUGGCGGACCCGUUGGACGGGGUGGUGCACCUCCUGUGAGGCGGUAGAUCUAUCCAGAGGAUCAUGCACACUGUUAUCUGGCCAACGUCUUGGUUAUAUCAAAACUUUGCUUCGGCAGCUGUGCUUAUGUAUCACUGCAGUAGUUUAUGUUUACAGGAUGGAUGCAUGCCUUUGGUACCUUUGGCCCCUGGUGUAUUGCUUGCUUUUGAAUGUGGUGUUAGCAUUAACCAUGAGACUAGAUAGUUUCAACGAUGUAAUUGAGGGUGUGAUUUGGAUGAAUAGAGUAGUGAUUGCUUCUUGUUUCGGUCAGAAA